AUGCUAUCAAAUUUUACAAAUCUUUCACGUGUUGGUAUUCCACGAUUAAUAAUAACUCGAUCAGUUUUUUUUCGCGAUAAACAAUCUGCAAAUCAUCCACCAGAACCAUUUAAAAGUUCAGUUCCACCUCAUCUUGAAAAACAACAACAAAAAGCACUUGAAGAAUAUAAAACAAAUGAAGAUCCAUCUCUUAAAUGUUAUGUUAAUAUUAGUGAACCAUUACCAUCUCUUGAUAUGUAUCAAACAACAAAACGUGGUCUUCAACUACUUAUUUGGACAGAUAUACUUAAAGGUUUUAUGAUUGCUCUUGGGUGGUUAUUACGUGAACCGACAACAAUCAAUUAUCCAUUUGAGAAAGGUCCACUUUCUCCAAGAUUUCGUGGUGAACAUGCUUUGCGUCGUUAUGCAUCAGGCGAAGAACGUUGUAUUGCAUGUAAACUUUGCGAAGCUAUUUGUCCUGCUCAAGCUAUUACAAUUGAAGCUGAAGAACGAGAAGAUGGUAGUCGUCGAACAACACGUUAUGAUAUUGAUAUGACAAAAUGUAUUUAUUGUGGUUUUUGUCAAGAAGCAUGUCCUGUUGAUGCUAUUGUUGAAGGUCCUAAUUUUGAAUAUUCAACAGAAACACGUGAAGAAUUACUUUAUAAUAAAGAAAAACUACUUCAAAAUGGCGAUAAAUGGGAAGCUGAAAUAGCUGCUAAUCUUCAAGCUGAUUAUCUUUAUCGAUAG